CGCAGGUGCGCGGCGCGGCGGGCGAGGGCGCUCGAGGCCCGCGGCCGGGGCCAGCGCGCGCCCGGGACGGUCCGGCCGGACGGCGAUGGCGCUCCCGGGGGCCGCGGCGCUGGCCCUGCUGGCGGCCCUGGCGGCGCUGGCGGCGGAGCCGGGGCUGGACGCAGCCGCCGAGCGCGAGGGUCUUCUGGAACUCUCCGUGGGGAGAUUCACGUUCUUCCAGCUCAGCAAGCCGUUCCCGAAAGAAGGCGUUUUGCGGAACAUUUCCAGCGACGUGACUUUCCUUAUUUUCCAAGUGCACUCGCAGCACCUGAACACCACCGUGUCCUUCUCCAAGGCCGCCCUGCCCGGCAGCUCGAGCACAGGCACGGCGCAGGGCCUGGUCUCGCCGCUGUGGCCCGAGCAGCGUGUGUGCACGUGGCACCUGUCCACCGCAGCCGCGGCGCCUGUCCAGAGCAUGGCCGUCCCGCUGACCUACUCCGAGAGAGACCCUGUGCCCGGGGGCUGUAACCUGGAGUCCGACCUAGAGAUCGAUCCCAACAUCUACCUGGAGUACAGUUUCUUCGAGACCACCAUCAGAUUCGCCCCCGCAAACCUGGGCUCCGCGAGGGGCGUCGCCCCCCCGCCCUGCGAUGUGGGCACCGGCCAGGACUCCCGGUGGCGGCUGCAGUACCGCGUGUACCAGUACUUCCUGCCCGAGCAUGACCUGACGCCUGCAGCCCUCCUGAGCCACCUGCAGGCCAUGGCCCAGGCGCCCCAGGCGACGGCCAGGGCGGUCCAGGUGGCCACCCUCACCGCCGACGACAAGACCAGCGUGUCCUUCUCCUCCCUCCGGGGACAAGGCGUCAUCUACAACGUCGUCGUCUGGGACCCGCUGCUGAACACGUCGGCUGCCUACGUGCCCGCCCACACGUAUGCCUGCAGCUUCGACACGCCAGGGGACAGCUGCACGUCCCUGGGACGCGCGUCCACCAAAGUCUUCUUCACCCUCUUUGCCCUGCUCGGCUCCUUCGUCUGCUUCUUCGGACACAGGUUCUGGAAGACAGAGCUCUUCAUGGUGGGCUUCAUCAUCGCCGGCUGCUGCUGCUACGUGCUGGCCACCAGGCUGACCUCGGUGGACUACGACGCUCGGCUGAUCCUGACGGCGGUGGCGGGCGGCGUCGGCGGGACGGUGCUGGUGGCCGUGUGGUGGCGGCUGGGCGUCUUGUCGCUCUGCAUGCUGUGUGUGGGGCUGCUCCUGGGCGGCCUGGCCGCCGCCGUGGCCUUCUUCACACCCCUGGGAAACUUGAAGAUCUUCCGCGACGACAGCGUGUUCUGGGUGACCUUCUGCUGUAUCGCCGUCCUCACCCCCGCGUUCUUCGUGGGCUGCCUGCGGAUACUGAACAUCGUCGCCUGUGCAGUCCUGGGCUCCCACUCGGUCGUCUUGGCCGUGGACAGUUACCUGUACACCAGCCUCUCGGCCAUCACCUUGAACGUGCUCAAGAGGGCCCUGCGCCCGGACUUCCGGCAGGCUUUCACCACGGCGCCCCUGCAGACGAACGACCUCGUCCUGCUGGCCGUGUGGGGGAUGCUGGCCGUGAGCGGCCUGACGCUGCAGACACGCCGGGAGCGCGGGCGGCCGCCCUUCCCGCCGCACCCCUACCAGCAGUGGAAGCGCGAGCGCGAGCGCAGAGUCACCAACAUCCUGGACCCCAGCCACCACCUGCCCCCGCUGCGGGAGCGGCUCCGCGGCUGGCUGGCCGACCUCCCAGGGCGCCUGCGGCAGGCCCGGCCAGCAGGGGAGAGGACGCCCCUGCUCCUGUAGGUGCCCGCGUGCCAGUCCCCCGUGGGCCUGAGACAAAGGUGGACACGCCGGGGGUGCAAGGCCGGGGGCAGGUCGGGGCCCCCAGAGUGCAGCGAGCACCGAGGGAGAGGCACCAAGUCUCUGCUGGACACAGACCGUACCCCGUUUCCCAGGGGGCCUCCCCGUGUCCCACCAGGCAGGGUGAGUGGCAUCUCCCUGGCCAGCCCAGCGCCCUCCGUGACCUUGCCAGCCGUCCCGAGUCUCCACCGGGGUCUGAGUUCCGGAUCUGUUUGCCUCUGCCCAGAGGCGCCCCCCCACCCCCCGCACAGCAGCCCCAGGGCCCGAGCACGCGCUCUGGAAGACGGUUUCCGGCCGUUCCAGUUUGAACCAUGCGACUGUCAUGCGGACUUGACUGUGUCUCCCGGUGCCCUGCGAAGUUCUUUGGUUCCAGAAUGGUUCCGCCUCUGCAGCUACUGUGGGCAUCUAUUUAUGUUGUUUUGCUGUUUCCUUUUUACAUUGUAUCAACAGCUGAUGUUUCAGUUACAGUGUAGUAGCUGUUUUGUUUUUAACCUCCCUUUAACCCAUUGUCGCACUUACUAGGAAUCCUUUUACAGAUGAGUAGGUCCCGUCCUUCCUGCUGCCCUGCGGCCCGCUGGGAUGUAAGCAAUAUUUUCCCACACCUCAGUGGCCCUGUAGCUGACGCUUCCUGCAGGGAAGCGGUGCCCUGCGCAGGCUCUGAACUGGGAAGCAGCCCCGCCCCUCCCCCCUGCUGUCACCAACACAGUGGCCCCAGGUCUCUGGACCUGAGCAGCUACGGUCACAGCCUGCUGGUGGCCUCACGCCUGCUCAGCUGCUCCUAGGGAGCUCUUCAAAGGUUCCAGUGAACUGGAAGCUUUCUGCUUUGUUGUUGUUUUUUUUCCUUUUCUUUUUGGGUCACACCCGGCAAUGCACAGGGAUUAUUCCUGGCUCAUGCAUUCAGGAAUUACUCCUGGCAGUGCUCAGGGGACCAUAUGGGAUGCUGGGAAUCGAACCUGGGUUGGCUGAAUGCAAGGCAAACGCCCUACCUGCUGUGUUAGUGCUCCAGCUCCCUGCUUUUUUUUUUUAAAGUAUUAAAAAAAAAGUAUUUUUGGGGGCCAGAGAGAUGGCUCAGUGGUCAGGGACACAUGCAUUGCAUGUGCUCGGACCAGAGUUUGAUUCCUAGUCCCUGAGUCCCCUCCAGUACUUCCUGGGCUGCCACUGGGGCUGCACAACACCUUAUGGAGCCCAGAUAUCAAACUGCCAAGCUGGUCGACUGAGAACUCUGGGACUGACCCUUAGGCAACCUGAGCACUGCCUGGGGAGUCCCCCACAAAGAAAAUCAAAGAAAGCAAAAUAAAGUGUUUGGAAAAGUCUGAAAGAAAUUAAAACAAUGAUGGAACCAAUCAUUUUUUCUUGGAAACCUAUAUACACGUGUUGCUUUACUAGUCCAUAAUUCUUACUGUUUACAGACCUUUGAUAACGACUUCCAAGGAAAAUGUUUUUUAAACAUUGAUUCUGGAUGUUUUGGCUCCGCCACAUCUUUGUAUGUUUUGACAGUGAAGCAGAACAUUUGGGAUCUUGUACACCAUCAAAAACAUCCUCCUUCUGGAAAUUGGAAAACCGGGACUUAUUUGUGUAGUACGUAAAUCGUUUAAAAUUUUCCACGAUAAUUUGUGAGUGAUCAAAAGGCACUUGUGUACAUUUUCUAUAAUAAAUAUCUAUU